CGGCCCCGCCCCCCUCCUCGAGGGUCCCGGCCGCGCAUCGCUGCGCACGCGCACCCGAAGAGCGCGCCGGCCGAAUGCGCGUGCGCGGCAGAGGUACACCGCGGCCCCGUCCGCUCGGCGCUGUCCGAGGUGCUGCUGCGGCUUCCGGAGCCUCGACCGCGAGGAAGGGCGGAGUCGCGGGCCCUUCUGCUCCCUCCCCACACCUCGGGCCCGGGGCGUCCUUUCAUUUGGUUUGGCCCUCGCUCGCGUGGGGGGAAGCCGGGCCGGAGGCGCGGGGGCUCCAGUGCGCGUGCGCGAGCGGCGCCCGCCCCCUCCCCCGCCCGGCGCUGCUCUGUGGGCCGGGGCGCCGCGGGCUCGGCGGGGGAGCCGCGCCGCAGGAGCGUCAGGUGAGGGGGCGCCCGACCCGAGGUCAGCGGGCAUGGGGGCGGGAUCGGGGGCCGUCCCGGCUCUGUGCCCCGCGCGCACCCAGAAGGGGAGGAGACCUGGCGGGGACCACGCCCUGCCCUGAACCGGCCCAGGACAGACGCACGCUGGAGGGGGUGCAGGUGACACCGUGGGGGAAUCGAGGCACGCGGCUCGCGCUUCGCGUUGGUCCCGAGGGGGUCGCAGGGAUUCCUCGCCCCUCCAGUCCCCUCACGGACGGCGCCCUGGAGACGGUGACAGCCAACGCAGAAUCCUGUGUGUGACGCCCCGCCCCCUGCCCAACCGGAUUAGAGGGCUGUCCGCCGGGGAGAAGGAUUUCUGGGCUGGCCUUCUCUGCCCUUCCCGCCUGGGCCCUCAUCCCUGCUCACGCCGGCCCUUUUAUUCCAGUCAGCGUCUAGGGGGUGUCCCUGUGAACCGCAGUGCCUUGAAUCCUAAGGAGGAAGCCAAGAAGCUCCUCCACUUGAGAGGACUUGCGGGGGAGGCUGGGUGGGCAAGCCUUGGCCAGCCCUUUGGCUCAGGGAAACGGCUCCUGGGAGCCCAAAGUAUGCUUUCAGGUCCUUGGGGUUCACACACAUCCCGAGACACCUGGGAACUGCCUCUGCCUGGGCCAAAGCUAUAUUCCAUUAAAACUUUUGCUGUGCCUACCUCAUUUCUAGUGACUUUAAAUAAUCAUGUGUGUUACAAUUUAGAGCAAGAUUUGGACAGACACCAAGGCCACUUGGUGCCGUUCCACAUGACUCCCUCUUGCUAGCAGGGAGACCUGGUAAACAGGCAGGGGUUCAGAGUGGGACACUGGAGGAAAGGGCUGGAGACUGGAUGACAGAACCCCAUCAGGGUUGCCAUCCCUGGCCCAGACUAGCUGGCUUCUUAGCCCCAGUCCCCACCUUUAAAACUCAACUUCUGUGCCCAGAACUGGACCCAGGCCUUCCCAUCUUUGUAGGAUCACAGGUGCACGAGCAUAAAGCCCAACAUACUAUAUCCCUUCACAGUUCAGGUCACUGCUCCCACAGCCCAUUGGGGACUGGGGAAACUACCCUAGAAACCCAGUUGGUGGCCCAAGGGCCCUCUUUUACCACCCAGCUGCUCCAGAGCCCAACGCAGAAGCAUCUUGCUGGAAGCCAGCAGGGAGAACAUAGGCCAUGGCUUCUAAACUGACUUUCCUAUUGUGUGCCACAUCCCCCAAUUCUCUAGCAAGUUCCCUGAGAAAUACCCCUAAUUCUCUGCAAGCUCUUCCACCCACCAUCACCCCCAGGAGGGCAGGGGCAGCUGUGCCUCCAUUUUCCUACGGCUGGUGGCUUCCAGGAUCAGUUCUGCCCAUGUUACCAGUCAAGGUAUGUCAGGUGCUCCCAGGGUCAGGUAACACAGCAUGAGUUCUAGGGAUAAAAGGACUAGACUUAAUGGCUGGGUCAGGGUCAGGUGAAGACAAGGACACUGGCAGGGUGUGGCCUCAGGCCUUUUAUAGGGCGCACUUGUUAUGGACUCUGCUUUUGGAGGUGUCAUAAAGAGGAGUCCAUGUGGACGAGGGGAAGGAGGCCUUCCCAGAGCCCAUUCUUGCCCUUUUAGCCUGUGCUUGGGCAACGGUCUUCACCACCUACAUGUUCCCAAGCUCACACCUUGCACCGGCCUCUUGCACCUUGGAUUCCAGGAGUGGCCGGUUGCUAGAAUGAAGAGGGAAGCCCGAUCCAGAUGUGCACACGCAUGAGCAGGAAGCCCCUUACAGAGCCGGAUGGAGAUAGAUGGAAAGACAAGGGAGUGAGGCAGGGUUGACUCUCCCCACAUGGCCUGUGUAGUAAGACCAGGAACAGUGGAAAUUCCAAAUCGAAACCUGAAAUUCCAAAUUGAAGCCAGAUCUUCAUGACUGUUUUUGUAAAGGAAAGAAAUCAACAUUUUCUUUUUUAACCAAUUGCUUGAACUCAUAACUUUUCAGAAACUACACACAGGGUGUGGGCCUUCAUCCCUGUCCUUCUCUGGCUCUCAAGUGUUAGGGGCAGGCCUGCCAACCUGUGUUUCAGGAGGCCCAUCACAUCCAGGGUGGACUAUAAGGAAGCCCUUCAGGAGGCUGCAGCUUCGUGGCCCGCAGCCGGUCCCGCGGGAGAUGGCCCCGGCGGCGCCCAUACUGCUGCUGCUAUGGCUGCUGUGGUUCCCUGACCUCCCGCCUGGCGCUGCCGGCUGCCCGGCCGCCUGCCGCUGCUACAGCGCCACGGUGGAGUGCGGCGCCCUGCGGCUGCGCGUCGUCCCGUCCGGAAUUCCACCCGGGACGCAGACGCUGUUCCUGCAGGACAACAGCAUCGCGAGCCUGGAACCGGGCGUACUGGCACCUCUCGCAGCCCUGCGCCGACUCUACCUGCACAAUAACAGCCUGCGCGCCCUGGAGCCCGGCGCCUUCCGCGCGCAGCCACGCCUGCUCGAGCUCGCGCUCACCGGCAACCGGCUGCGCGGCCUGCGAGUCGGCGCUUUCGCCGGCCUGGGCCAGCUGCGCGCGCUCUACCUGGCUGGUAACCAGUUGGUGCAGCUGCUGGAUUUCACCUUCCUGCAUCUCCUGCGACUGCAGGAGCUGCACCUGCAGGAAAACAGCAUUGAGCUGCUGGAGGACCAGGCCCUGGCGGGGCUCUCCUCACUGGCACUGCUGGACCUCAGCAGGAAUCAACUGGGCACCAUCAGCCGUGAGGCCCUACAGCCCCUGGCCAGCCUGCAAGUCCUUCGCCUCACAGAGAACCCAUGGCGCUGCGAUUGUGCCCUGCACUGGCUGGGAGCCUGGAUCAAGGAGGGGGGCCAGCGGCUGCUCAGCUCCAGGGACAAGAAGAUCAUGUGCGCGGAACCCCCGCGCCUGGCCCUUCAGAGUCUCCUGGACAUAUCCGGCAGCAGCCUCAUCUGCAUCCCGCCCUCCGUCCACGUGGAGCCGCUGGAGGUGACGGCCAGCCUGGGGGAGGACCUGCGCGUGGCCUGCCAGGCUUUCGGCUACCCGCAGCCCCUGGUGACCUGGAGGAAGGUGGCCCAGCCCCGCGAAGGGCAGCCGCGGGCUCAGGUGCGGCCGGAAGGCGGGGCGCCGCGCCUAGGUGGGCCCGGAGCCCCCGACACGGGAAGCGGCAUGCUCUUCCUCAGCAACAUCACCCUGGCGCACGCCGGCAAGUACGAGUGCGAGGCCUCCAACGCCGGUGGCGCCGCCCGCGUGCCCUUCCGGCUGCUGGUCAACCUGUCGCAGCAGCAGCCGCUGCCGCGCGCGCCCCCGCCGCCCCCGCCCGCCGGCCCCGCCGGCCACGAGCCCCUGCAGGAGGCGGGCAGCAUGGCCUUCCGCGCGCUGGGCCUGGCCACGCAGACGGCUGUCGCCGCGGCCAUCGCGCUGCUGGCGCUCACGGCGCUGCUGCUGGCCGCCAUGAUCUGCCGCCGCCGGCGCAAGCGGAAAAAGGCGCCGGGGCCGCCGGGCGAGGGCGCGCUAUUCGUCAACGACUACUCGGACGGGCCCUGCAGCUUCGCGCAGCUCGAGGAGCUCCGCGGCGAGCGAGGCCACGAGAUGUUCGUCAUCGACCGCUCCAAGCCGCUCUUCGCCGAGGGCCCGACGGAGGCGGCGGACGGCGCGGCCACUGGGCCGCGGCCAGGCCUGCCGCUGCAGCCGCCCGCCGCCUACGAGAUUCACUGCUGAGCCGGGCCGAGGGGGCGGGCGCGAGCUGAUGACGUGGGCCGCGCGGGUUGGCCGGCUCCCGGGCUCGCCGCGCGCAGGCGCAGUCAGUAAAGGCUGGAAGCUGCGCA